CAUUAUAUAGAGUACUUUAUAAUUAAUAACGUAAAUAAUCUCCCAAAGUCAAAACAUAAGAGCAGAGCUUAUCCAAACACCAAAGCGGCAAACGCAAACCCACAACAAAGUUCAAACAAACUUCAUCCACUUAUAAAUUACAAGUAUGAGUUUGAGAUGUAGAAAAGUGGAUAGAUUUGCAGAACUGAAAAAAACAAUUGACAAUUUAGAAUUAAUCGACGCUCAUGCUCACAAUAUCGUCGCUAUAAAUUCGUCAUUUCCAUUCAUCAAAUGCUUUACCGAAGCCGAUGGUGACGCUUUAUCCUUUGCUCCUCACUCUCUCUCUUUCAAGAGGGGGGUGAGGGAAAUUGCUGAACUAUAUAAAUGCAAAUUAUCUUUGUACGACAUUGAAGAGUAUCGGAAACACUCUGGAAUAGAUUCUGUUAGCUCAACAUGUUUUGAAGCUGCAAGGAUCGCAGGAUUACUUAUUGACGAUGGUCUUGAUUUUGACAACAAGUAUGAGAUUGAGUGGCAUAAGAGCUAUGUGCCUUUUGUUGGGAGAAUAUUACGAAUUGAGCACUUGGCAGGAAAAAUUUUGGAUGAAGACUUGCCUGAUGGAGCUGCAUGGACGCUGAACAAGUUUACUGAAGUUUUUGUUGAAAAAUUGAAGUCAUUAGCUACCACAGUGGCUGGAUUAAAAAGUAUAGCUGCAUAUCGUGGUGGUCUAGAAAUUGAUCCAUAUAUCAGCGAAAAGGAUGCUGAAAAUGGCCUGUCUGAAGUUUUAAGUGCUGGGAAGCCUGUUCGGAUUGCAAAUAAGAAGUUAAUUGACUAUAUCUUUAUUCGUAGUUUGGAGGUUGCUUUGCACUUUGACUUGCCAAUCCAAAUACACACAGGGUUUGGAGACAAAGAUCAAGAUUUAAGGACAUCAAACCCACUUCAUCUUCGAAAGGUACUUGAAGAUGCAAGAUUUGACAAAUGUCGAUUUGUUCUGUUACAUGCUUCCUAUCCAUUUUCAAAGGAAGCAUCAUACUUGGCUAGCGUUUAUCCCCAGGUCUAUCUUGACUUUGGAUUGGGACUUCUCUUACUAAGCAACAAUGGGAUGAAAUCUGCAGUUAAAGAGUUACUAGAGCUGGCUCCUAUAAAAAAGGUGAUGUUCAGCACUGAUGGCUAUGCAUUUCCUGAAGCUUUUUACUUAGGUGCCAGGCGAGCACGUGAGGUUAUCUUCUCGAUUUUACGUGAUUCUUGCAUUGAUGAAGAUCUAUCGAUUCCUGAAGCAUUGGAAGCAGCCAAGGACCUUUUUGCUGAGAAUGCAAUUCAAUUUUACAAGAUCAAACAGAGUGUUAAAUUGGACCCAACUAAAGCCAUACCUUAUAAUAAUGGAGAGACUACAAUUGUUUUGCCAAAAAGUCAUAUUACUUUAGUCCGUGUAAUCUGGAUCGAUACUUCAGGGCAAUGCAGAUGUCGUGUUGUUCCUAUAAAGCGCUUUCAUGAUGUUGUCAAGAAAAAUGGUGUUGGUUUAACUUUUGCGUGCAUGGGAAUGCCCUCUUUUAUGGAUGGUCCUGUUGCUGAGUCUAACUUGACAGGAACAGGCGAGAUCAGACUUAUUCCUGAUAUGUCAACCCUUAGAAACAUCCCAUGGGUUUAUGGAGAAGGGAUGGUUUUAUCUGACAUGCAUCUGAAGCCUGGUGAACCAUGGGAAUAUUGCCCAAGGGAGGCAUUGAGGAGGGUUGCAAAAGUUAUGAAAGAAGAGUUUAAUUUGGAAAUGAAUGCAGGGUUUGAGAAUGAAUUUUAUAUCUUGAAACUGAUUACAAGGGAUGGAAGUGAAGAAUGGGUUCCAUUUGAUUCAACUCCAUAUUGCUCAACUUCAUCAUAUGAUGCAGCUUCUCACAUCCUCAAUGAAAUGUUUACAGCACUUCAGGCUUUGGAUAUUUCAGUGGAGCAGAUACAUGCCGAAGCAGGGAAAGGCCAAUUUGAGAUGGCACUGGGACACAGUGUUUGUACCAGUGCUGCUGAUAAUUUGGUUUUUGCCCAUGAAGCUAUCAGGGGCGUGGCUAGAAAACACGGAUUGCUCGCAACUUUUGCACCAAAGUAUAAAUUGGAUGACAUUGGUUCUGGAUCUCAUGUGCAUCUAAGUUUGUGGGAAAAUGGGGUAAAUGUUUUUACUGGGUCUUCUGGAUCUGGCUAUGGAAUGUCGAAAGUUGGUCAGGAAUUCAUGGCUGGAGUUUUAUUUCAUCUUCCCGCCAUUUUGGCAUUUACUGCUCCAAAUCCUAAUAGUUAUGAUCGUAUACAACCGGAUACAUGGAGUGGAGCAUAUCAUUGCUGGGGAAAAGAGAACAGGGAAGUUCCUUUGAGAACUGCCUGCCCUCCUGGAGUUGAAGAUGGUCUCGUAAGCAACUUUGAAAUCAAAUCUUUUGAUGGAUGUGCAAAUCCCUACUUGGGUUUGGCUUCUAUAAUUGCUGCAGGGAUCGAUGGCUUGCGGAGGCACCUCACUUUGCCUCCUCCUAUUGAAGCGAAUCCUUCUAGCCUUGAUAGUGAACUUCAGAGACUUCCAACAUCACUUUCUGAAUCCUUAGAAGCUCUUCACAAGGACACCUUCUUUAAAGACUUUUUCGGUGAGAAGCUAUUGACAGCAGUAAAGGGAGUUAGGAAGGCUGAAGUGGCGUACUACUCGCAGAAUAAAGAUGCAUACAAGCAACUCAUAUACCGAUAUUAACCUUCAACUUUGGUAACCAAAGGAAAAGGAAAAAGAGAGGGAUAUUCGAACUUUGAAAUAUAAACUUUUUAUACUUUUCUAUUAUUUAAAUUUCAGCAAUGAAUGUAAUCUCCUAAUACAAACAAAUAAAAAAAAAAUAUUAUGUGAACUCUAUAAAACUAGAAAAACUUUUAAGGCUUUAAAAAACUCUCUAACAUUACAAAGUUUCAAUCUUUGACCUUAAA